AUGAUUCGAGGCCACAGCUUUAUGUGUAAUCCGGUUGCGUUCGAGGUGCUGCCUGAUCUGUUCGAUGAAAACGAAUGCCGAAAGGCGAAGGCAAGACGACCGCCGGGAGCAACGACCAGCAGAAGGCGAAGUAAACAAAUUUUCACCUAUUAUGUUGUUUAUGAAGACGAUCGUCGUCGGCCAGAAACAUUUUCACUGACCAUCGCGGUGGCGACGGCCGCGGCCGCCGAAGAGAUUAGAGAUUAA